AUGAUUCCAUUCUUCUACAUAAUGAUUUUUUUCACUAUAGCUGAAAGCACGCUUACAGAUGCUGAGUUUAAGGAAAUUGAUAUGUUUAUAGAUGUUGUUGGUGAAUCACAUUUUGCUCUGAUGUUUCCUGUGGAAUUGAUCAGAACCGAUUUGAAUGAUACGUUUGACCCAAAACAAGUUUACGAUAUUUUUGAUGAAUUAGCUGAAGAGCGCAAAGAGUUUCAAAUAGUAAAAGAACUUGAUAUACCUGAGUUUGUGGCCGAACCGCUUUAUGAUAGGCUGACAUAUCUCUCAGUCAAAUUGGAUAAUGGAUACACCGUAAAUCUAGCAAAUGAAAUAGCAAUAAUUCAGGAUAUAAUCCAAAUAGCAGCAGAGUCAGACAACAUUAAACUCGAUUUUACUGCUCUUCUUAGAGUUAAAGAAGAGUUGAGGGUUGAUAUGGCAGCCGUGUCAAAAUUAAAGUUGUUCAAAACGUGCUUAUUGUCCAACCUUUUCCCAUUUAUGCAGGAAGAAUGCGAAGGACUCUUAAGACAAAAGCUAAUUGAACAUCUCAAGAUUUGGAUAGAAGUUUGGAAAAGACACCAAGAUGAUUGA